UCCGGAGACAUCUUCUUCUUCUUAUAGUUGGUUCGAGAUGAAUCCGCAGGUGGACAAGGUGGUGAGAAGAACGACGAUGGUGGCCACUGCUGUUGCGUCUUACUUACUCCUCACUGCUGAUUACGGCCCCGAGCCUAACGCUCUUGAUCCCAUCAAACAGAGAAUAGUAUCAGCUCAAGAUUCUGUCAAAGACUUUUUCUUUCCUUCUUCAAAGCACAAGUAACAAGCGGAGACAAUCGGAAGCAAAAAUGUUAGCUGAACACCAAAACACCCACUUUCAUCAGUCUUUUGUCUCGUUUUCACACUCUCUAGCGCUUUCAUAGUGUCUCCACUCUUCUCUUUCGACUAUAAGACAUAAUAACAGGUCAAGUCAUAUGUUGAUUAAUAAUUUCUUUGCCCCUUUCGUGGAGAUACACUACCCAAAUCAGCUGAA